CCUGGGGGCUAAAGUUAGGGUUCCUGGGGUCCUAGCUGGGCCUCGUCUUGUUUUUGGAAAGUCUCCACUUUGUUCUGCUGCUGCUGAUGGCGGGAGCCCCGUGGCAGCCGGGUGACAGUUGGAGCUCUUCUGGCCUCCGCUUGCGCAACGCUGCCCCAGUGGGUCUCCUCGGAGGGAGUCAGCAGCUGGCCUUGCAGACCUGGCCUCCAGCGGGCAGGAGGAGCUGUGCGGGCCCUGCCAGGAGCCAGGGGGUCCCUCCCCACGUCCCUGCCCCGCUGCCGUCGCGGGCGGGGGCCCUCGGAGGGAGCCCUGGGGUUUUCUUUGGCUCUGCCUGAGCACACGGCUCCGGCUCCCCUUUCUUCUGAGCCCUGUAAAAAUAAGAAGUUAAAAGACCCUAAAGUUUGAACAGUAAAACCAAAUACAUGAAACCAAGCUGUUUCCAUGUGGGGCCAGCCCUGUGAACACCCAGGUCUGAAACUUCCUCUCGUUGGAAUUUAUGGAGGCCUUGCAAACUUUUCCCUUUAAACAUCAGCCUUGGCUCAGGGCGUUCUGGAAAGCCUGACCCCGCUGCUGCUCCCAGCUUGAUUGAAUUCAGCUUGCACACAAUAGGACUUCUGAACCGCUCCGCGCCGCGCCGUUUCAUGACACCAGUAAGUAGGAGCUGGUGGGCGAAAUGCUCAGAGACGCGCUCAGCGAGGAGGAGGAGGAGGAGGACUUCCGUCUAGAAGUGGCCCUGCCGCCCGAGAAGACCGACGGCCCAGGCCCAGGCCCAGGUGGCGGAGACGGGAAGAGGCUGGAGAGGGGGAGCGAAUCCUGCCCGGGCUCCAAGAAGCAGCUGAAGUUCGAAGAGCUACAGUGUGAUGUGUCCGUGGAGGAGGACAGCCGGCAGGAGUGGACCUUCACCCUGUAUGACUUUGACAACAAUGGCAAGGUCACCCGCGAGGACAUCACCAGCCUGCUGCACACCAUCUACGAGGUGGUCGACUCUUCCGUCAACCACUCCCCGGCCUCCAGCAAGACGCUGCGGGUGAAGCUCACCGUGGCCCCCGAUGGGAGCCAGAGCAAGAGGAGCACCCUCCUCAGUCGAGCCGACCUGCAGAGCACCAGGCCCAGAGCAGAGACCAAGCCGGCCGAAGACCUGCGGAGCUGGGAGAAGAGGCAGCGAGCGCCCCUCAGGUUCCAGGGCGACAGCCGCCCGGAGCAGGCCGGCUGCUACCACCAUUGCGUGGACGAGAACAUCGAGAGGAGAAACCACUACCUGGACCUCGCAGGGAUAGAGAACUACACCUCCCAGUUUGGGCCUGGCUCCCCGUCUGUGGUCCUGAAGUCAGAACUGCCCCCCCGCACCUGCAACCCCGCUCGAUCUCGCUCCCACGAGCCAGAAGCCGUCCACGUCCCACACCGGAAGCCCCAAGGCGCGGACCCAGGCUCCUUCCACCUCCUUGACACCCCGUUCUCCAAGGUCUCCGAGCUCCAGCAGCGGCUCCGGGGCGCCCAGGAUGGGAGCAAGCACUUUGUGAGAUCCCCCAAGGCUCAGGGCAAGAGCAUGGGUGCGGGCCACGUGGCCAGAGGAGCAAGGAGCAAGCCCCCUCUGGCACCUGCUGUCCCUGUGGUGUCCCCCUCGGCCCACCUGGCCACCAGUCCAACCCUCCUCCCCACCCUGGCGCCCCUCGGGCACAAGAAGCACAAGCACCGAGCCAAGGAGAGCCAGCCGGGCUGCCGGGGCCUGCAGGCGCCGCUGGGCGCAGGCGCGGUCCUGGGGCGGGAGCACAUGAGGGAGCUGCCCGCCGUGGUGGUGUACGAGAGCCCGGCCGGGCAGGUCCAGAGACACGAGCACCACCACCACCACGAACAUCACCACCACUACCACCACUUCUACCAGACCUAGGCCCCAGGCCCGCUGCCACAUGAAGGACCCGUCCCCUCCCCGAGGCAUUAUUCUAUUAAUUAUUGUUAUUAUGAUGACUAUUGUUAUUAAUAAUUAUUGUUACUCCACUAAUAUUCAGCUAGCCUUCCUGUAGAAGAUAUAUGGAAACACAGAACGAAAUUUUUAUUUAUAUGUUGUGGGGACUGCGUAACACCCCAGAAACGACUCGGGGUUUGGGAAGGGGCCCGCAGACGGUGCAGGCUCCCUCAGGGCUCCCGAGCUGCAGGGUCCCUGAGGAUCGGCCCACACCUUUCCCAGCGCCGUGGGAGCCCAAACUCCACCCCACCCCAGUCCCUCUCUCCCAGGAGAACACCCUUCCCUGGUCCAGCUUCAGAGCGCCUCCGAGUCUCUGAGAGACCAACAGCUGCUACCUCUUAGUAUCUUCUGAUUCGAUUUUGCCCUUAACCGAUGGUGACAUGCGACAAGGGAUCUCAGUGGACUGCAGACACGCCACCUCCCUCCUGUUGUGCUUUUAUGUCCCAACCUGGAGAUCUUAGUGCUCCUUUCUGGAGUUUUCUUUCACGCCUUCCCAGUGGGAUUCACACCCUCACCCCCAAAAGCCCCAUGUCUCCUGCCAGGCACCACAUGAGAAUCCCCCCCUCCUCCUCCUCCUCCUCCUCCUCCCCCCUUCUCCUCUCUUCUUUUGAAAGACAGAUGUCCACAUAUUUAAGGACCGUCCCUGAAACCAGCCUUCUCAUUUUGGAAACCGCUAAAGAGAGAACCAGCCACAUAAACAAGUCGGUUUUCCCAGA